UCACGGUAAGAAGACGAACUCGGGAACAGAAUAGAAGCGAGAUAUCAAAUGAAACGAGGGAACCAAACAAAAUCCCUCUUUGCCUUUAGGUCUCAAAGGUGAAGCCUUUUCAACUGGGUGCGUGUUGAAAAUUGGGGGGUUUUUUUUUUUAGGUUCAGAAGAGAAAUCUGGGAUCUUAAAAAUUGAAACUUUCAGAUGUGGUUUUAGUUCAACACAAGUAAUUGAGUUGUUAAAUUGGUGAAGAUGGGAUCAGAAGAUCAAGGUUCUUCCCGGCUAGAUACGUUAGAGAUUAAAUCCCUUAUUUUCCGGGAAUUUGGGCAUCAAAGAGCUGAGAGCUACUUCAAUCAGCUCGGAAGGUUCUUCGCCUUGAAGAUCACCAAAUCUGAAUUCGACAAGUUCUGUAUCAAGACCAUCGGUAGACAAAGCAUCCAUCUCCAUAACCGUCUAAUACGUUCCAUCAUCAAGAAUGCUAGUGUUGCUAAAUCUCCGCCAUCAAGAUUCACCAAGAAAGCUGGGGACUUUGCUAGAUUUGGUAGUGGGGAUGCGAAGACCAAUCAAAGUCACUCGCUUUAUGGGGAUUCUGCAUUCUCUCCUUCCACUCGCAAAUGCAGGUCGAGGAAGUUCAGAGACAGGCCGAGUCCACUUGGUCCACUUGGGAAGCCUCAGAGUCUAACUACGACAAACGAGGAGUCGAUGUCCAAGGCUCAAAGUGCUACUGAAUUGCUUUCUCUUGGUAGUAGACCUCCCGUGGAAGUUGCAUCUGUGGAGGAAGGAGAAGAGGUUGAACAAAUGGCAGGAGGUCCAAGUGUUCAGAUACGGAGCCCUGUUACUGCUCCGCUUGGUGUUUCCAUGAGUCUUAGGAAUGGCGCUACUAGAAAGUCUAUUUCCAAUGUAUCUAUGUGUAGCAGUAGUUUCAACCAUGAGACUUGUGAGAACAGCGGUGAACUACCUGAUACAAGAACGCUGAGGAGUCGGUUGGAGAGGAGAUUGGAGAUGGAGGGGAUAAAGAUAACUAUGGACUCUGUUAGUCUUCUAAAUAGCGGGUUGGAUGCGUUUAUGAGAAGGCUGAUUCAGCCUUGUUUGAGUUUGGCUAAUACAAGAUGUGGGAAUGAACGGAUAAGAGAGAUGAAUUACCAGUAUACACAGCAAAGCAGAAGACUUUCAUAUGUAUCGAUGUCAGAUUUUCGUGCUGGUAUGGAGUUGAAUCCUCAGAUACUUGGAGAAGAUUGGCCUAUACUCUUGGAGAAGAUCUGUUCCCGUGCUUCAGACAAGUAAAGAUUGAGCAACAAACACCGUAGUUUAGGAUACAUAGCAUUUGAUUUUACUCCAUUGAACGUGGAAUUUGUGUUUGUCGAAUGUUUCUGGUCUGGUUACUGCUCUUUUGAUAACAGCUACUGAGAUGUUUCAAGUUUCUUGGUGUUGUACAAGUAGAAGUGAGAUAAAAGUAAUAGAGGUUUUGAAGUAAACGCCAUUUGUCUAGCUGAUUUGUUAUUCUCUCCUCUAA